AUGGAGCAGCCUGAUCAUCAAGAUGAGUGCGGCGGCACCACCAGUAUGCUGGUCAAGUUCAUUCCAUCUUCUUCAUUCAACGAGUUCGAUGAAGCUGUAAAACCUAAGAUAGAGAGGACUCUUGAGAAGUUGAGUUUUCUUGUGGAUAAAAAAUAUGAGCUUGAUGAUGUUAAAGGGUGUCUGUCUGUGAUUCCCAUAGUUGGUAUGGUUGUAAUUGGUAAAACUACUCUUGCUCAACUUGUUUUCAAUGAUCGCCAGCUUAUAGCUGAGUCUUUUGAGCUCAAAGUAUGGGUUACUGUGUCAGAAGAAUUUAAUGUUUGCAAGAUAAUGAGAAUGAUUUUUCAAAAGGUUACUUCUGAAAAAUGCGAUAUUGAUGAAUUGUCAGAGCUUCAAUGUGAGUUGAAGAAGGCUUUGAGAGGGAAGAAGUUUUUCUUCGAUCUUGAUGAUGAUUGGAAUGAGAAUUAUAAUAAAUGGGAUUUUCUAAAAUGCACUUUUGAAUCUGGUGCACGUGGAAGCAAGAUCAUUGUGACAACUCGUAACAAGGUUGUUGCACAAGUUAUGAGCACUGGAAAAGUACACAAGCUACAAGGAAUAUCCAAUGAAGAUUGCUGGAAAAUAUUUGUUGACCAUGCCUUUGAGGAAGACAUUGGUCAUGCUCAUUCAAAACUACAUGAGAUUGGGAAGGAGAUUGUGAAAAAGUGUAAAGGCCUACCUUUAGCGGUGAAAUCACUUGGUGGUCUCUUACACUUUGAAAGAGAUCAAAUGAAAUGGAAAAAUGUACUCAGAAGUGGUGUAUGGGAGUUGUAUGAGACUCUUACAAUGAUGAGAUUCUUCCAGCUCUAUGGUGAAUUCUGCUUUAGAUUGGAUGAUGAUAAUUCCUUGGAUAAUCUUGCAACCAAAACUCAUCAUUUGUCAUGUAUGACAUACAUUGAGAAAGUUGCUGGUUUAUCUAAAGCUGAAUCAUUGCAUACCCUUCUAACAAUUAAAGGAAGGGUGUUAUUGGAUUUGGAAUUGCAUGAAGUAUUGCCAACUCUAGGAUGCUUGAGAGUCCUUUCUGUAUUUAGAUCUUUCAAGCUGUCUGACUCCAUUGGUAAGCUAAAACAUCUACGGUAUUUGAACUUAUCUUCGACUGAAAUAGUACCUGAUUCGGGAAAACUUCUUAUUUCAAGGCUUCAUAAUACAGAUAAUGUUGAGGAUGUUCUGAAGGCUAAUUUGAAAGAUAAGGAAGGAGCAUCUCAGUGA